CCUUCUCCUUCUCGAGUCGACAAAUUUUCCCUAUGUUCCCCGUCGACACUGCACCUGUCGUGACAAAUGGAAACGAAGUUGAAGUGACAACUGAAGUCUCUCCGGGUUUCACGCGUCUCGAACUCCCCAGACCCCACCAAAGUGUUCACCAAACUCGAGGAACACCAGGUGUCAGCGGGCUUCAACCGAACGAACGAAGGAAGCAGGUAUUUGAGCACCACUGGCCCCCUCACUUUCACAUCAUCUACGAUGUUCCAGAAGGAGGUUUGAUGAAGGAAGUUGUCAUAGCCGUGGAAAAGGAUGGAAAAAUAAAUAAUUUAUAAUUUAUUAUAAUGGAGCGGCAAGUGGAACGUUUCACUUUCGUGUCCCGGACAUUGUCGGCCUGCAAUCACAGCCACCCACAUGACGGCCGUUCAUUCAUCCACGAUCAUUCCCUCCUCCUUAAUGAGACGCGCCACCUACGACCGGUUCGAUAUAAAUUAUGAUUCUUUCAUAUGGAACGCGCAUGCGUAAUCGUAUUUCCUCUGUCUCUCCCCUAUUUCAUACACGAUGUUCGUAUCCUUGUCCAGAGCAGAGGGAGAGAGAGAGAGGGGAGGAAGGACGCCGCCAGGUUCGCGAAUACCUGAGGAUGGAAACCGGUCUCUCGAAAUCGUCUAAGUCGAGAGGCGCAAAAGAAGCACGCCGAUCGCGACAGAAAUUCCAUUUCCAGAGGAGAUAACGCGUUUCAUUCGAGGAUUAGUCCUCUCCUAUUCGAAUUUGGGAAUACAAAGGAAGGAGGAGUAUAAGGAAUGAAACGUUUGAUGUGAGAGUGAGAUGAUGACCUGUUUCUUGAACAUCUUUCUGAAACAAUCAAAAUUCUGAAGAAUUCUGAAGGAAGACAAGAUUGGAUAUUAGGAGGAAAGAUGUUUUUUUGGGGGGAGAUGAAAAUUCUUAAAAAGAAAAUGUUUCUGAAAUAAUCAAAAUUCUGAAGAAUUGGAUAUUAGGAGGAAGAAAGUGAAAGAUGAUUCUUUUUGGGGGAGAUGAAGAUUCUUCUUAAAGAGAAAAUGUUUUUGAAACAAUCAAAAUUCUGAAGAAUUCUGAAAGAAGGUAAGAUUGGAUAUUAGGAGGAGGAAAAUGAAAGAUGUUUUUCUUGGGGGAGAUGAAGAUUCUUCUUAAACAAAAAAUGUUUCUGAAACAAUCAAAAUUUUGAAGAAUUCUGAAAGAAGGUAAGAUUGGAUAUUAGGAGGAGGAAAAUGAAAGAUAAAAUUGAAUCAGAAAGGCAUCAUCGAUGAUGCUAAACUGAUGGACAAAGUUCUAUUCUAAUUGAUUACUAUUCUCGACGCGUAUGAUUUCAAAAGAGGAAAAAAAAGAAAAAACAGGAAUACAACUGCGAAGGUCGAAUAUUUUAUUUUCUUGAAAACAAAUAUGUCGAUCUCGCACAAUUUUUUUUCCCCCUCUAAUAAAUGUUCAUUAUUAUCAUCCUAUUUUGAUCCUUCACUUCUCGAUUAAAUGCUCGAUAAUCUUACAUAAACUUUUAUUUCCGACGUGAAAAUUAGCGGACGCAAGACUUGGAUUAGCAAUCUAGUUUAGCAGCAACGGGGAAUAACGGUUCUCAAUUAGUAUCCAUCUCAGACAUCAAACUGAUUUUUCAAACUUAUAAAUAUUUAAAAAUAUCCGUUUAUAAAUAUAAAUAUUCCAAAAUAUUGAAUAUUAUAAUAAUUGUAACAAAAAUUUUGAUGGUAAUUAAUAAUAAUAACGUUAAAAUACUAUAAAGGAAUAAUUUUAUGAAAAAAAAAAAUAGUUCAUCGGGAAGAAAUUUCACUUACAUGCAUAAUACGAACACGCGCUUCGAUUUCUUCUGAUUCACACAAAUCAAUGCGUGUGGGGAGGUGCCUCUUGACGUGACACGAACAACGCAAUAAGUCACGAUGAGUUGGCGUUCAGGAAUUCGAGAGAGAUAAAACAGGACCUUAUAGAAAUACGAGGCAGGGAGGAACCUGCACCCCUCCAGCCCUUGCGUGCUUUAUCUACGCGGAGCAUCGUGGCAUGUUAAAUGUCCACGACGAACGAUCGGUCAAAAAGAGGAGGAGAAAGUCUGAAACGGAUUUUAUUAUAAAUGCGAAAAGAAAGUUAAGUUUAUCAAAUCUUUAUUAGAAAGAACCUUGAUAUUAUGUAGAACAUAAAGGAACGAAUAGUAUAUUUUUAUGAUAUUGUAAUUAUAAAUUGAUUAAAGGAUCAAGCUUCGAUUAAAUGCUAAUUGGAAGAACGUUAUUUAUGCUUGGUAACAAAUUGAUUAUUAGAUUAGAACGAAUAGCAGCGAAAAGUAAAUUAAUUUUUUCUUUUUUUUUCACAGAAAAAUAUGUUUUUACUCUUAAAGUUAUAUAAAAUAU